AUGUUUGUUCAUUUUUGGCUUUAUCAACGUCAUGAAGCCUGGAUUCCGCAAAUUUCCUUCAUCUUUGCUCUUAUUCAUAUACAUAUCAUUAUGGCAAAACAGAAAAACAUGAUUUAUUCCUAACAGAAAGACAAAACUGAUUUGUUACCCUUAAAUAACCCCGUGUGUCUUUGACAACUUAUCAGCAUCAUCGAAAUGUCUUAUCAUUAUUAUAUCUGACAUAGGAUCAAGCCGUAAGAAAAACAAAAGGAUUUCCUUUAGAAAAAUAAUGCCGAAGAUUUCGUUGAAAAAAAGUGCAUGGAAAGAAUAUGACCAUCAAUACAUUUAAGGACUUCAUCAACGAACAAGUCCUUUAGAUCACUAGACGCUUUGGAUGCUGCUGGUGAGUUGAGCCAGGUGCCUGUUUUGACAAAAAUAGACGUAUUUUUAAGCUUUUCCCGGUGAAAUGGCAUCUUGUGUUUCUUACGGCUUCAUCCUUAGACAAAUCCGGUCAGCAAAAGACAUUUAGAUGCUGCUGAUAAGUUGUCAUAGACACCCAGGCUCACUCAAAUCUCAAAUGAGCCUUGUCUCUGUUUUGGGAAUAAGACGUACUUUUAUAUUUUGCCAAAUUUGUUUCUUGUGAGUUCAACAGUGAUGCGACAAUUUUGUGCAAGUUGAUCUUUGUGACGUAGAUAAAGCCGAAAAGGGAUAAACUUCAUUUGUUCCACCUUAUUACUGAACAUUCUAUGAAGAGCCCAGGAGUUUUAAGAUCAUGACGCAACUUACUUAACAUAUUGCAAUCUUGCAACCGUAGAAUAUUUUCCCGAGGCCGAUAUUUUAUCCGGCAGAGAAGAGUAAAAACCAUUUCUCUCAAAAUCAGUGAGAGAGUUUUCCUGGAGAAUAAUGCGCUUUGAAUAAUCACCUGAAUGAGUUCUUCCAGUAUUUCUUAUCCGAUUUUGGAAGAUAGUGAUAUGUCAAGCAUUUCCAAAUAUUUCGAUUCAUCUUGUCCAAACUCACUUUAUCGAAAACGAAAUGUGGUUAAGAUUGGAUUCUGCGAAAUUCGUCUGUACUGGGCAAAUUUGUUAUUCGCUUUUGUCGCCAUAGCCGGCAAAGUUGUAGAGAAGGUUUCCCUUCCGCUCUGGAUCGACUCCGUAAAUGGAAAUCGUCCGGGAAAGUCAGUCGACAGUUACUUUGUGCUGUCUUUUACGAGUUUGUCUUUUGUCAUAAUAUUUGGACUGGGAAUGUUGUUUAUUAAAAUUUUUUCGCCUCAAGCUCUCGGCGAAACGGAAAAACGUUUUCCACACCUUCUGCUCUUCUCAGUUGGCUUCUGUCACGCUUUGAGUGGAGCUCUGGUUGUAUUCGCAAGCAAAGGGUCAAGAACACCGCCAUACCUUCAAGCGAUUCUUGGAAACUUUAUGAUCCCUUGGACUAUUCUAUUCAGGUUGCUGAUCGUUCGAAAGAAGCCCACCCUGCUGAAGUUGUCCUGUGGUGUCAUCGUGGUUGUUGGUCUUUUUAUUUGCCUCAUCCCAACAAUUUUUCCCAAAGUUGAUCCCAAAGCCGAGAAAACGAAAAACAAUGCUCAGGGUGUUUCCAGAGUAAUGUGGCCCAUAAUUUUCAUGCUUGGCUUCGUUCCAGCAGCCGUUAUGAACGUGAUCGAAGAAAAGGGAGUGAAGAUGGAAAGUCAAUCCUCAAAGAAAGGCAUCAACUUGUUGUAUUUUCUAUUUUGGAUGUCUUCAUAUCAGCUGCUCUGUGUCGGACUUUUGUUUUGGUUGGACAUUCUGCCGUGGUAUGGAAAUGUUAGCAAUAUCCAAGAGUUUGGGGAAAAUUGGUGGUUUGGAGUUCAAUGCUUCUUUGGCGCCGCAGGUUGUGACUCCACUUCAGGUACCAGAGGAACUAUAUGUAUUCUCAUGCACGUUUUAUCCUUUGUUGGUGGAGCCAAUCUACUGAGACACGCCGAGGGAGCCACUUGGCUGGCUAUUGUCACGUCACUGGUCACGCCACUGGGCUUCAUUUUCUGGACAUUGUUCAACGAAACACCAUUCAAAUGGCACCCCGCAAGUCACGUGAGCACUUGGUUCAGUAUCGGUGCGUUAGCCAUCAUGGUUCCCGCCAUUUUUGUUUACAACAUGGGGGCACCAGAGAUUUCGCUAGACACAAAUAAAAAUCAAAGUGGGGAGUAUAACUCAGCGCUAGAACCAGAGCAAUCUCUUCUCUGCAGCACGGAAAGCAGACUUUGAAAGACUUAAAAGCAGUUGCAGUUAGACCAGAAACUGUGUUUCAAGGAUGCUUGUAAACAGCAUUCAUUUGCAAAGUGCUAACAGUUCGUCCGAAAAAAGGGGACAAGAUCUGAUUUUAUCGCAUGUUUAGAAAGAGAUCCACAGCACAAUUUGUUACUUAAAGUGUGGAUUUCUCCACACUAAUUUCAGAUUAGCUUCUACAUGAUAUCAAAGCAGUAUGGCUAGGUUAACAGACAGAUAAAGUAUAUUUCAAAAAACGCUGACCCAUGCUAGGUUAACAGACAGAUAAAGUAUAUUUCAAAAAACGCUGACAAAAAAAUAUGAUUAUAAAGUGCAUAAGCAAAUACGAAAAAAACUGGUGUGGAUGAGUUUGCGAUCGAUUGAAAAAAAUUGUAUGUGUAAUUUAACAGUAUUGGUGUAAAUUCU